AAGAGGGCUAGUAAAAAGUGGGUAUUCUGCUCUGGAGUUUGAACAGCUGAAAUGAUCUGGAAACGUAACUCAAUGCCUCAAGGAAUAACGCAAAAAAGGGGGAGCUAAAACAAAUACAAACCAGUCGAUCUAUUUUUUUUUUUUUUAAUUUAUUUACAAGCAAAAAAUAAACAAUAUGAGGCACGCGUCAGCAUCUAAUGAAACUAUGGAAAACUCUCUCAACAUGACAGACUUACUGAAAAUGUGCACACAGUGUGAGCGGCUUAGUAAAAAGGACGUUGGAGUGCGAAUACCCAGACCGCUGGGAAAUGGACCAAGUCGAUUCAUACCAGAAAAAGAGAUACUUCAAGUCAGUAAAUUGGAUGAAAGAACACAGUCGAUUUUUGAGGGCGCCUUUGCGGUGCUCGGUCGCCUCGACAACAUCUCCCUGGUGAUGGGGUUCCAUCCUCAAUAUCUGGAGAGCUUUCUAAAGACACAGCAUUACCUGCUUCAGAUGGACGGUCCUUUGUCUCUGCACUGCAGACAUUACAUAGGCAUAAUGGCUGCUGCCAGGCACCAGUGUACGUUUCUGGUCAACCUCCACGUGAACGACUUCCUGCAGGUUGGGGGCGAUCCCAAGUGGUUGAAUGGUUUGGAAGAAGCCCCACAGAAGCUGCAGGCCCUUGGGGAGCUCAAUAAGAUCCUGGCCCACCGCCCCUGGCUGCUCACCAAAGAACACAUUGAGAGUCUACUGAAGGCAGAGGAGCACAGUUGGUCCCUGGCUGAACUGAUCCAUGUUGUGGUGCUGCUCACACACUAUCACUCUCUAGCCUCCUUUACUUUCGGUUGCGGCAUCACCCCUGACAUCCACACAGAUGGAGGACAUACGUUCAGGCCGCCCUCACUCAGCAGCUACUGCGUUUGUGACAUUGUCAAUGGGAAUGGGUCCCUGGAGGAGAUGUUGGGGAACCAGCAGGUGUCAGAAAUGUCUGGCGAGGUAGAGGUGCUGAUGGAGAGGAUGAAGCAGCUCCAGGAAUGUUGUGACGAAGAGGAGGCCAGUCAAGAGGAAAUGGCCACUCGUUUUGAGAGAGAGAAGAUGGAGAGCAUGCUGGUGGUUACCUCUGAGGAUGAGGAGUGUGUACCAUCCAGGGAUGUGUCACGACACUUUGAAGACCCUAGUUACGGCUACAAAAACUUCUCCAGGAGAGGAGAACAUGUGCCCACCCUCAGAGUGCAGGACUAUAGUUGGGAGGAUCAUGGAUUUUCCCUUGUGAACCGGCUGUAUCCAGAUUUUGGACAGCUUCUUGAUGAAAAGUUCCAGAUUGCUUACAAUCUGACAUAUAACACAAUGGCGACACACCAGGGUGUGGACACUUCCAUGCUGCGUAGAGCGAUCUGGAACUAUAUCCACUGCAUGUUUGGCAUUCGUUACGACGAUUAUGACUAUGGCGAAAUUAACCAACUGCUAGACCGCGGUUUUAAAGUCUACAUCAAAACUAUGGUGUGCAGUCCAGAGAAGAUCACCAAAAGGAUGUAUGAGAGCUUCUGGAGGCAGUUCCAGCACUCUGAAAAAGUCCACGUUAAUUUGCUUCUUAUGGAAGCACGCAUGCAGGCGGAACUGCUCUACGCUCUGAGAGCGAUCACUCGCUUCAUGACAUGAAGUGCUGUUCUUGUCGAAUUUAUUUGUUAUUUUUUUUACUGUUGUUGAUGUUGCUAUUGUGGGACAUUUCAAUAAAGCUAAAAACAACAAAAAAAAAAAAAAGAAAAAGAGGAAAAACAAAACUGAGGAAGAAGAAUGAACGAUGAUGACAAGGAGGAACGGAUUCUGGUUGUUUUGUACAAGAAGGAAAAAAAAUAAACCGUCAACUGAA